UUCACUCACUGAUUGUCGGGGCGCAUCUACUAUCAUGGGCGACUACGGACAAGAAGCGACAUCGCUCGAGACGCGAACACUAACCACCCAUCCUUCCACCGCUACUGAACCCGAUGAGAUCUCUGUGCUGGUCACAGGCUUUGGGCCAUUCAAAACGAACCUGGUCAAUGCUUCUUAUCUAAUCGCCUCAUCGCUCCCUCCUUCCUUCACAUUCUCCACCACCACCCCCGACUCAGCGCCUUGUCGCGUCUCAAUCCAUGUCCAUCCUUCUCCAAUCCCAGUUGCCUACUCGACCGUGCGGACGACGCUGCCCGUGAUCCUGGAAGAGUACGCCAAGGCACACGAUGGCCGACGCCCGGACAUCAUCAUUCACAUGGGCAUAGCGGCAACAAGGAACUACUACUCGGUGGAGACCCAGGCCCACCGCGACGCAUACCUCAUGUCCGACAUCAAAAGCCGAUCGGGCUACGAGGACGGCGAGCGUAUAUGGAGGGAGCUUGACUUGCCUACCGUUCUCACCGCGGGGCGUGCAAGUGCAUCGGUGCCAUCGGCGAAGAAGUACCUCAACGCUCAUCCACCCGACACCGACUUCCUGAUGGCGUGGCAGUCGUUUGCCGGUCCAGGCACGGACGUUCGGAUCUCGAACGAUGCGGGACGAUACCUCUGCGAGUUCAUCUUCUACUCGAGUCUGUCGCUGGCCUACCAAGAGGGCCAGGAUCGGAAUGUGGUCUUCUUCCACGUUCCUGGGUCCUGCACUGAUGAGCAUAUUGCAGCUGGCAAGGACGCCGCCAUUGCGUUGAUCAAGGCUCUGGUGACGAGUUGGGUGGUCAGCGGUAGCAGCCCGGCCUAGGCGGAGUUAUUCGCAUGCUUCUAGCAUUUUAGACACAUUGGGAGGCAUUAUUGCAUUUGGCAUAGCCUAAUUUUACUACUUUCAUAAUGCAGUGGACACCGUCGGAAAUCCAGUGGAAAGGUCAGACAUGGCGUGGGCAGGAAGAAUUGUAGUUAGUGCUAAGCUUGAGCUGAGCUGCAAUCAAG